UCCCUCAUUCGCAGUUUCAGUAUUUCUCUGAGAGUGUGUCACUGUUUCUCUUCUGCCUUUAACUCUGUCUGAGUUCACACUGGGAAACAAGAUGACCCGUUGGGCCCUUCUUGCUACCUUCCUGCUCCUGCUGGGCCUCACCAUCCAGGGAGCUCUUAGUCAGGAGGCAGAGGAGCCGGCACCCCCAGCACCGGAUCAGGCCCCUGAUGGCACACAGGCAGAGGACGAGGACGGAGAGUGGGGGCUUCACUCCCUGAGAGGGGGCUUUGAGUCGGUAGGCAGCUACUUCGACUCCAUGCUGGAGUUCAUGGGCGGACGUGAUGGAGUUUGUCAAUAUCGCUGUAGAUAUGGUAAAGAUCCUAUUCCUCGUCCAGGCUUCCAGAUGCCAGAACCAGACGGAUGUAGCUCCUACUUCUUCGGCCUUCCUGUUCCAGAGGGGAUGGACAUGGGGAUCCCCGCCAUGACCAAGUGUUGCAACCAGCUGGAUAUGUGUUAUGACACCUGCGGCUCCAACAAAUACCGCUGUGACUCCAAGUUCCGCUGGUGCCUCCACAGCAUAUGCUCAGACCUCAAGAAGAGUCUCGGCUUUGUGUCUAAAGUGGAAACGUGUGAAACGGUUGCAGACACUUUGUUCAACACAGUGUGGACUCUGGGCUGCAGACCCUACAUGAACAGCCAGAGAGCAGCAUGCUACUGUCCAGGAGAAGAGAAAGAUGAACUGUAGAUCAUUAAACCCCUCUUAUUUAUAUCUGUACAAUUUGGAGCAGCAUGUCUGAUAAUGCAUAGCAAACACUGCUGUGUGACUAUUUGAGUAAGUUAUUUGGUUUUGUUAAUGUUUUUCUUCGCAGCGCAGGGUUGUCAAAAAAUCGCUCUGUGCCUGGGCCAAAAAACUGGAUUGGUUUGAUUCUAAAUGUGCAUAUAUGCCAUUUUCAGUGUUAUCAGCAUUAAUAGUUAGGGAAAUGAAAAAAUCUGAGGUGACUUAAACAUCACAGAGAACAAAUAACCUCCAGUUUUAGAAUGUAUGUGUCCUCAGCUAUAGUCUGCUCUUUGAAUAAAUGUUAUUGACACAUU